GGUUCGAACAGCGCUUUCCCCAAAACACUACAAGCGGCGAACAUGAGUAACCGGACUUCCAUGUGAGUAACCCAACUGAACAACUGCUAUUUUAGCCAACGAUUUUCACUAGGAUAAACACGAUCAAGACGAAUACACAACGCAGACGAGCAUCUCUCCGAAGAGCAGUCUGAAUGAAGAAGUGAGGCUCCAGAAACUGCGGUGAUGGCUGUCCAGGCUGGCAUCCAGGUGUGUGAGAAAUUCGUGGCCCCUCUGCUGAGCCCGAAGAGCCCGCGCAGCCCCUUGUCCCAGAGGCAUGGGCCUGGUCUGGCAGAUGUAUUCCAGUACGACCAGUGGCUCGCGGUCCGACAUGAGGCCACCCUGGUCCCCAUGCAGGAGGAUCUGGCCAUCUGGCUCACUGGCAUGCUGGGGGAACAUGUGAGGGCAGAGUUUUUCAUGGAGGAGCUGAACAACGGAGUGAAGCUGUGUGAGCUGGUCCGAGUGCUGCAGACCAAAGUAGCCCAAAGCUGCCCUUCCGCACUCGCCAAGCUCUUCCCCAGAAAAGUGGCCUGUAAACACAAUGCCUCCCCUGGUUCUUUCUUUGCUCGGGACAACACAGCCAACUUCCUGUCAUGGUGUCGAACGAUUGGAGUUGAAGAAACCUACUUGUUUGAAUCGGAGGGACUGGUACUGCACAAAGAGCCACGCCAAGUUUGCCUUUGUCUGCUUGAAAUUGGACGGAUCCUUCUAAAAUAUGGUGUAGAGCCCCCGGUGCUGGUGAAGCUGGAGAAGGAGAUCGAGUUGGAGGAGACGCUGCUUUUAGAUGAAGAGCCACCUCCCGCCGUGAAAACCUUCAGUGUGUGCUGCCAACACGGAGGCCUGUAUCAGCCCGAGGAGGCUGGUAUGGAUGAACCUCCGUGCAACUGCGCCAACAGAGUUUCCAUUGAGUACCUGUCCGAGGGCCGCUACAGACUCGGAGACAAAACCAUCUUCAUCAGAAUGCUGCACGGUAAACACGUGAUGGUGCGGGUGGGCGGCGGCUGGGACACUCUGCGCGGGUUCCUCAUGAAGUACGACCCCCAGCGCGUGCUACAGUUCACCACUCUGGAGCAGAAGAUCCUGGCGUUCCAGAAAGGCCCGCCCAGUUUAGGACACAACCAUAACCACAACCACAACCACCAUCACACCGGAACCCCCGCACCACCACCCCCACCACCGGAAAUGGACCCUCUUGCGGCUGUUAACGAUCUCAUGUCCUCUACCUCUUCCUCCUCUGCAUCAUCAUCAUCGUCCUCUACUGCUCCCUGUAAGCCGCCACAAACGUGCAGGUCCUAUGCGAACUCCCCAGUGUGUACACCAACGUUACCCAGAAAGAAUACGGCUACCAUGCCCAAAAAAGUCCUACAAAUGGCACCCAAGAAGCCGACUCAGCUCCCGCUUCCAAAUACCAAAAAUGCCUCAUCUUCUUUGCCGUCUACCCCAAAGCAGACCCCCAGCCCGAGCGGUACAGUCCAGCGUAGAGCCAUGACACCAUCCCCUGUGCUUUCGAAUACCGCGUCCAGGCUCAAACUUAGAGCAACUCCUCGCAAUGGGGCGCAACCACGGAGUCCAGUCUGCCCUGAACCGUCCUCCAAAUGCCCCAAACAGUCAAGUCCACUUACCUCUCCAACAGGUAUCCCUCUGCCACGCCCUGCCACAGCCCCUGCUCGAGCUAAUGCUAACAUGGCUAAUAGCAUUACGGUUAAACCUCCCACGGGCGCUAAUCAACGUUCCCGUUUAGCCCAACGGCGUCCCGGGUCCCCAGCCUCUCGUCUCCGUUUAGAAACGACGAGAAGAGUUCGCGCAGCCCAAAAUCGAACACCCACCUCCAGUUCCAGCUCCAGAGCGCCAUCCCCCGCCCUAAGUAGCUGCAGUAAAGCUAGCGAUAUUCAGGCUAAAGCUAAAACGCCAACGCAGAGUAACCUAACGGGUAGUGCUGCACAAGCUAAACCUGUUGCUAAUUCGCACAUCCCUACACCAGUUCAAGGGCGGGUCCCAGUCACUGGCAACACAAGUCCCAAAUCUACUCAGAAAAGCUCUACUGAGUCAAAGUUGGCUCUGAAAGCACAAGUUAACCCUAACGCUAGCAAUAAUAAGGCUAAGUCCGAGCCUGAAAAUACUCCUAAAUCAACUAUUCCUAAAGCCAUCAAGACAGACGUAAACAGAAGCAAAAAACCCACUCAUAGCAAAUCCAAAACAGAGGAGCCAUAUUUUGAGAUGAACUCAAAAAGAAAACAAAAAAACUAAUAGAAAUUUAAACCAGCCGGCCUGGUCUCUCUGUUCCCUCUAAACCUAGCAGCACUUCUCGUAUUAACACUGUCAUUAACAUUAGUCUAGAGUAAUAAUAAUAAUCACUGUCUGUUUUGGAAAUUUUAUAUGUUAUUUAAUUGUCGCCUGUAGUUUUUAAAUCGGAAAGGGUCAAUCUAGUUUUAUUUUGUAGUUUUUUUGUUUUGUUUUCUUUACAAAGCUCAUAUCCAAGUUUCUGGACGUAUAUACAUACUCCAUAGACUGUAUGUAUAUACGUCUUUAUACAGUACAUGGUUAACACUAAUCUUAUUGUUUACAUUUUUUUAUUUUUGUUCCAGCCAUUAAUUGCAUUUUAAAACGCUAAUUUCAAUAAUCACUGAUACAUGCUCUAUAAAAUAACACUCAUGAUUUAACAUAUCUGUAAUGGAAACCAAAGUUUGUGGUGUUUGGAGUGAUAUCUUCCUCUGGUAAAUGAUCAUGCUACAUACUGUGUUUAUAAAUUAGCCUGGCUAGUGAAACGCAUUCAUUUUGCAACUUUCUUCAUAUCAAUUCUUAUUUAAUUCAAACCCAUUUAUCUACAAGGGGCUGACUUGAUGCGUGUCUUGAGUUCAGCUUCAUUCACACUGGUCGAUUGAUACUGGCUCUUGGUCAGGUGAUCCAGUUUUUAUGAUCGAAAACUUAAUAUUUGUUCUAAUGAAUUUGAAGAGUACUAUGCAAACUAUGCAUUUGAUAAUUUGUUAAUAUGAUUAUUGAUUGUAUGAUUCUUGUCUUUCUUAUUGGCUAUUUGUGCACAGAAGUAAUUUCUUCUCUAUUACUUGAUGAUGUCUGUAUAUGGCCUAUAUCCACUAAACCCAAUUCCCUAUUCAAAGUUGUACACUUUAAAUAUUACAAAAUACAAAGUUGCUGGCCAGGCUAAUUAUAAAUAUUUUUAGGUGGAAAGGUUCAUCUCAGUGGUACCAGGCAGUGCCAUGAGAAACCAUUUUGCCGUUGUGCCUUUGACAGAAAUGGGUCAGAAUUUGAGAAUGUACUGGACUUUUUGGUGUGGGGAGAUUUGAAAUGGCUUUCUGGAUUUUUAUUGCACACUGUACACUCUAUGGAGAAAGGAACUACUGAACUCAACCUCGCUCUGCCCUCUAGUGGCUGCAAUAAUGUUACAGCAGAAUCUACUAUUAGGACUUUUCUAUGUUUUUGUGAUUAAAGUCUCUAGUUUUCUAUGUAGUGUUGAUGUUUGUGAGUGAAUACAUAAAUAUGAAGCAGCAGAUAAAUAAUAUUAUGAGGCUUUUUCUUGGCACUUUAUAGAAACUGGUGUUCGUCACAGUUGAAUGUCGUUUUUCUCGUCUUUUUUGUCCAGUUUUUUUAUGUUUAUUAAUAAAUGGACAAGUGUUUUAAAGCAGA